UGCCCGGCACCGCCGCCCGGCACUACCGCCCGCCCCCAGCGCCGGCACCGCAGCAUCCCGGGCGCGCCUCCGCCGCCAAGCGCUCCUGGCCCCGAGGCUGCUUCGCCAAGGACUCGUAGUAUUUAGGGCCCCGCCGGGAUCCCAUCGGCGCGGCCUCUGCGAGAGACAUCGCUCAUCGCCAGCCAUGGACGGGGACAGAGUGGAGAUAGACGGCGGGAUCAUGGAGGGGGGCGGGCAGAUCCUGCGGGUGUCCACGGCGCUGAGCUGCCUGCUGGGGCUCCCCGUUCGGGUGCGCCGGAUCCGCGCCGGGCGGAGCCAGCCCGGCCUCAGACCUCAGCAUCUGUCUGGAUUGGAGAUCAUUCGAGAUCUGUGUGAUGGGAAGCUGAAUGGUGGUGAAAUUGGCUCAACAGAAAUAACCUUCACUCCUGGGAAGAUCAAAGGUGGAACCCACAUAGCAGAUACAAAAACAGCAGGGAGUGUGUGUCUACUGAUGCAGGUAGCAAUGCCCUGUGUGCUGUUUGCUGCUUCCCCAUCAGAACUUCAUUUAAAAGGUGGGACUAAUGCGGAGAUGGCUCCUCAGAUAGACUACACAGUCAUGGUUUUCAAGCCAGUAGUCGAAAAGUUCAACUUCACAUUUAAUUGUGACAUAAAAAGGAGGGGUUACUACCCUCAAGGAGGUGGUGAAGUUGUAGUCCAGAUGUCUCCAGUCAAAGAGCUGAGCCCAAUAAACUUAACAGAACGUGGCACAGUGACAAAGAUUUAUGGAAGGGCAUUUGUUGCUGGAGCACUGCCUAUCAAACUGGCAAAAGACAUGUCAGCAGCAGCAGUGAGAUGCAUCAGAAGAGAAAUCAGAGAUCUUUACAUUAACAUUCAGCCUGUCAGAGAACCUGAUGAUCAAGCUGUUGGGACUGGAAGUGGAAUAAUUAUUAUUGCAGAGACUUCAACAGGUUGUUUGCUAGCUGGGUCAUCACUUGGCAAGAGAGGAAAAAAUGCUGACAAGGUUGGCAUUGAAGCAGCUGAGAUGCUGCUUCAGAAUCUUAAACAUGGUGGAACUGUGGAUGAUUCUCUGCAAGACCAACUGAUCAUUUUUAUGGCACUAGCAAAGGGAGUGUCUAGAGUGAAAAGUGGACCAAUUACACUUCAUACUCAAACAGCUAUACACUUUGCAGAGCAGCUAACAAAGGCCAAAUUUACUAUAACAAAAUCAGAAGAGGAAGAUCCCAGUAAUGACACCUACAUCAUUGAGUGCCAAGGAAUGGGGAUGAUAAACCCAAAUUUAUAGUGUUAAAAAAAAAAAAGGCAGUAAGCUGCCACAAGCAACACCCAGCAUACCUCAGUGAUGUAUUGCACUACAGUUCAUUGGAUGUAGAAUCUGCCUGAAGAGAAGGAGCCUUCUGUCACAUCAGAGUGAUUUAACUUGAAGGUUGAUGUCAAGCUUUUCCUUGGUAUGGUGAGAAUCAGUCAUGUGAAAAAUGAAAACUUUACUUUUUUUUUUUUUUUUACUAUUAGCAGCAAAAUGAGUAGCAACAGGACAGCAAAUAGAAUAUACUGUAUGUACGCAAGAGCUUCAGUUAGUAGCUUUGAAUUUUACCCAAGUAGAAAAUAACUAUUUUAGUUCAGCAUUUCUUUCCCUUUUAACAAAUGAAAGUUUUGUUCCCUGGAAACCUUUAUGUUAUGAGGUACAUGGAAUGAAAUGAACCAUCAAAUCUGUAUUGCUGUUCUUCCUUAGCCAUUUGCUAAAUAAUAAAGCAGUAUCACCCUAUAAAA